AAAUCCCCAAUUAGUCUCACCCACACACAGAAUGAACCUAUAAAUAAUAAUUGUACCGUCAAGUUUCUUCGGAGAGCUGUUUCAUUCCAAGUAUGGCAUAUCUUGAAAGAGCAUCUCCAACGUUAAAAGAAACACUCCUCAAGAUAUAUCGUGCUGAAAAACCUAUCGAGGUCGAUCAACAUUUCCACGAGUUUGGUUCGAUUCAAUAUCACAUCAAGUACUCGGUUUCGGAUCCAGAUAUUGUGCAUGUAUCGACCUCGACGUUGCUUGAGACACAAGGAGCAGUAACGUUGAAGGAGAUUUCAAGUCACACUUAUGAGGUGAUUACAAAUAUUGCAGUUGGUGUGAUUGAUAUUGUUGAUCCACCAAGGUUAGGGUUUCAAUUGACCCUUGCGCUUCACCUUGACAAUAUACCACGUGGCAAAGAAGCGAUCAAAAUCAUAACAAGGAUUUCCGAAAUACAAGCGUUAAUAUUAAGUAGCCAACUUAAAGAGAUGCUGAGAAAAUUAAAUUUUCAAGGUGAUUCACAAGCGAUGAACAACAACAACAACAGGCCCAUCAGGAUUGUUUAUCACCCAAGUGAACCUUUCUACGUCUUUAAACAGCCGGAGAAAAUUACAGCCGUGUUUCCAAUGAAUUUUAAAGAUAACUCGGAUGUGGUCAUUGCCACAUCGUUCUUCCAGGAGUUAGUGGAAGUGGGAAGUCAAAAGGAAAUGGGAAAGGCACCACAAUGUAGUUGGUCACCAAUACCUCCUCUCCAACUUAGAGGAGAACCGGUCCAAGACUUAACCACCAAUUCUGGUUUUGUAUCUUUUGAUAUUACUUCACGGCACGUUGAAGGAAAGAGACUAGACAAAACGGUUUGGAAUUUGCUAAAUUUCUACGCAUACGUUAAAUAUCAUAUUAAGUGUUCGAGAGGAUACAUACAGAGAAGAAUGAGAAAAAGAAUGGACAGUUUAGUUAAGCUACUAGAUAACACAAGCUUAGAAGACGAAGCUGAUCAUCAAAAGGAAAACGGAAGAUGCAAUUACGUAAAGGAGUUUGUGAAGGUACCAAAAGGCAAAUUGAUGAUGAAACAACGAUGCAAGGAGAUGACAAGGAGAGUGAAGAUAAGUAAGUUCCGGAUCAAAAUCAACGGUUGUGCUCGAUUUCGAUUCAAUCAACGGUGGAUAUUUCUUCCCAAAUUCUCUUCGAAACCCUCAAAUAAAUCAUCAUACACAAAACUCGACUAAGUAAUCUCUUAACUCUCGAUUUGUCUUUCUUGUGAUCACACGCUUCAAACUUGACUUUGCGGAGCAAUGCAUUGAUGAAGUAUAGUUUUCUGACGAUAAUACUAAAUUUAUAUAUGUUAAUUAAAAACAACCAAAAUAAAUCAAAUCAAGAGUUGGCAUUGAAUGCUGCAAGUUCUUACGUAACAGUUACUAUACAUUUACAGUAUGUACAAGUACCAAUGUACCAUACAGUAUUCACUCUUUUAAAUGACUUAUAAUUUUAUGAAAUUUUGAAGAGAAUCUUAGUUAUUUUGUUAUGAAAUAUUAUUUGCGCAUCAUACUAAUUAAAAAGAUACUUAUUCAACCUCACACGGCAGCACACAUAAAUCAACAAUCGUUCCAGCAACGUGCAUGGGGACCAUAUGUGGGUCACUUUACUCCUCAUUUUUUCUCUUGCAAACAAUAAUUUCAAUCCCAUAACUUUCAGGCAUGUCAGCAUCUUUGGUUCUUCCUUCUAACCCCAUAUUGAUCAAGAAGUUCAAAUUUGGUGAUUUGCUACUCACUGCAAUAUAUCAAUAUUGAUUAACCGCUUAUGGUUAUAUUAAUUAAUUUAGGUAAUUUUUAAUCACUCAAGAUUUUUGUGAAGGACGAGUAGUGGUUUUUGUCCAAAAGAAGCUGUAAAAUAUUUACUUUGAUGGACGUCCCAUUCAAGUACUGUGUUCCACAGAAUUAGAUGAAGUCAACAAUUUUAUAUAUUUCUCUUCAAUUCCUGAAUUACGAUGAAAUAGAUAACACAUCGAAUAAGCACGUUGUUGUUUUUUUUUCCACCGAUCUCCUCAUGAUUUAAAACUGUAUUAUAUUUUCAGCAAAAUGAAAAUAUCCACGUGGAUGGGCCAUAUUAUAUGAUCAUAUUGCUUGUCGUCUUUGUUUUCUCUUAACCACAAAGUCAUGACACGUGUCAUUUUUACAUAUCGUCCUUCUUUACAUAUAAAGAACCCAUGGCCAUACCAAAGUAUCAAUGUGUACGUCAUUUACCUAAGAAGAAACUGAGAGCAUCUUCAAUUAUUCACACUUGCGAGAGUAAGAAAAAGAGAGAAUGGGAGGACAGGCAGAGUCUUUGGCCACGACGGCGCCUUUAGCUCCGGUAACCGCUCAGCGAAAAGUACGGAACGAUUUGGAGGAAACAUUACCAAAACCUUGUAAGUGUGAUU